UAACAGACUACUGGCUCUUGAUACUCAUGCCCUUGAGAAUGGCUUGUACACGACCAUUGCAAAAAUGAUUGCAGUGUGCAUAAUUCAUGGUGGAGUUGGCCCUCGUUUUUUUUCUGAUCGUCUCUUUAUGCAACUCUGUGGCACAUGUACACUUCCUGCCUCCCUUGAGGAAAUUCCAGACCGCUGCUUCAGAGAAAAUCUCUCAAAGAUUAAAGAAGCAGACUCUGUUCAAAAAGCAAAUUCUGCAAUCUCAGAUGCUGGGGACAGUCUGAACAUGAUGGGAGCACUUAGGUACAUCUCAUCACUUGAAGAGAGGGAUUCCCUGGUCCAAUCUGCAGCAGAAUACUUUGUGAAUGGGCGGACAAAUUUGGCUCUCAGACAAUUUGAAGAGGGUUUCAAAACGUUUGGUCUGAUGGACGAGCUAAAAAACCAUGCUGAAAUCUUUGAGGACCUGUUUGUCAAUGCGAUCAGACCACUGGAGGCAAAAGAUCUGACAACUCUUUUCGAAGUGGACUUCUCAUCCCUUGGCAGCAACAAAAGGCAGCUGGAAAAUAAGACCAUCUGUUUCUGGAGAGACUGGUUAAUAGAUGUAGAAGAAGGUGACUUCAAUCCGUUGACACUGGAAAUGGUGCUGCAGUUUGCUUCUGGAGCCUCAUCUGUGCCUCCUCUAGGAUUCCCCCGUCAGCCAAAAAUCAAAUUUUUACAUUCAUUUGGUCAAGACACCAGAAUAUUUCCAGAGGCCAACACAUGCCUUAUUGUUCUCAGACUUCCAAUUCACAGUAUCUACGAAUCGUUUAGAACCUACAUGACUGAAGGUAUUCUGCAGUCGCCAACUUUCGGCACCAUGUAG